AUUUUGACAUUGCAGUGGGGUGCGGAAAAAAAACUCCAAGCAAAACAAACACAAAGCACGCAUGGAGCAGUCACCUUAGUUUCCGAAUCGAAUCUCUGCCGUACGAUACUGAGUGGUCCAAUUGAUAAUUAGAAGCGUAACUCAGCGCAGUUGAAUGUUUGUCAGUACGGUUCGCGUUUGCGGCAUGCUGCGUUGCUUUGUGGUCGCGCGAAGGUUGGCACCGAGAAGCUUCUCCUCACUGCAGCCAACGCCCGAGUCGUCCGCUGUUACCGGUACCGCCAACCGUAACUGGUCGGAGCGGCGCCUCGAGCAUCGUACCAAGGUUCCGCAGCAAACGCACCGGUCAACCGAGCCGGCCGACGGCAAUCAACAAUCAGCGCCCGUCGUCAUCAGCCACCAAACAGUGCGCCUGCUCGAGCGGCUAUCGCUCGUAGAUUUGGACAGCCAGGAAGCCCUCGGCACGCUGCAGGACUCGAUUGAGUUUGCGUCGCGCAUUCUGCCCAUCGGCACGGACGGCGUGGAACCGCUCUACAGUGUGCUGGAGCGCGAUAAGCUUGCCCUCCGGCCCGAUACAGUGGAUGACGGUGACCGCCAGACGGAGGUGCUGCAGAACGCAACCAUCACCGAGGAGGAGUACUUCGUAGCGCCGCCGGGCAACAUUCCGCUCGAGCAGGGCGAACGAGCGUAA